UGCGGUCUUCUUUUGGAGUUGUGAGAUUAUUUAUGUGUUUUGACUCUUCAUAAUUCAUCUUUCUAAGCCUGUCUCCAGACCAACUUCCACGCCUGCUUCUACAACAAUAAAAGGUGUUAAGUUGUCGCUUUAAUGUUGGAUUGAUUAUACAAAAGCAUAAAGUUGUGAACAUCAUCAUGUUUUUCCAGUCUAGAGGACAAAGAAUUCACUUCUUUUUUGUUUUGAUAGGAAAGAAAUGAAAUGAAAAAACAAAGAAACUUCCUUUUUUGACCAUUUCUCCUUGUGCAGAAUUGGGAAAAGUAUUCACCUUCGUUGGGAAGUUGAUGAGGUUCUUGAAGUUGGAUUUCAUUUUUUUGCUGCUUCCUUUGUUUGUUUAGCGUUUCCAGUUGAAAAGAAACAACUGGAACUGUACAGAAUUUUGGGUUUUCAUCUUAAGCAGAGUUGGGGUUCUUUGUUACUCUCCACUUGAAUUUCCUUAUGGGGAGUGAUGCUGCUUCAGUUGUUGACAUACCAUCUCCUCGUGACAUUAAGGUGCAUCGUCCAAUGUGCAUUGAACUAAUUAAAUUUGUAACUCGAAUUUCGAUGUUACUACCAGCGAUUGAAGAAGCACGUCCUGGAUGCAACUCUGGAAUACAAGUACUUUGCCAGUUAACCCGAGCACUUGUCAAAGCCAAGGAGAUUCUUCAGCAUUGUAGUGAAUCCAGUAAACUGUACUUGGUACUAACUGGAGAUAGUAUACUUUCAAGAUGCAAGAAAUCAAGAAACUUGCUUGAACAAAGCUUGAGCUCUGUGCAGAAUAUGGUUCCUGUGAUGUUGGCUACAGAGAUAUCACAACUGGUUGCUGACCUGAGGGCUGGGAUAUUCAGCUUGGAUCCGUCUGAAGAGGAGGCAAGGAAGGUGUUGAGUGAACUACUUCAUCAGUAUACAUCUACAACACAUUCAGGGGAAAAACAUGUCUUUGAGGCUAUUCAAACUGCUAUGCAGAACUUGCGUAUCACAUCUCCAAAGGAUCUUUUGAUAGAGAAAAGAUCCAUUAAAAAACAGCUGGAGAAAGUUGGAGAGGGUAAUCCACCAAAAAGGAAAAUCUUAUUGUUCUUUCUGAAUCUUCUCAACAAAAAUGGCAAAUCUAUUGUGGCAGAGCACACAGAGAAUGGAUCUCUGCGACAUGAAGACUCCCUCGAAAUUGAAAAUCAAUUUGAAGUGGAAUCUCGUCUGAGGUGUAAUGAUGCUCAAAGAGACAUUUUCAACGGCUCUGUACUUCCAGAUGAGUUCAAAUGUCCCUUAUCAUCAAGACUGAUGUAUGAUCCCGUUGUCAUUGCUUCUGGACAAACAUGUGAAAGAUUUUGGAUUGAAAAGUGGUUUGCUCAAGGUAACGAUACAUGUCCAAAAACUAAAAGGAAAUUGGCCCAUAUGUCAUUAACCCCGAAUAACUCAAUGAAGGACCUAAUAUCAAGGUGGACUGCCGCACAUGGGGUAAGCGUUCUUGAUCCCAGUGUACAGGCAACAGUAGGUCACUCAUGGGAAUCAUCUUCCACUUCAAUUGCUAGCUUGAGCAGCUCAAUGAUGGAUAUAUCUAUUAAUAUUGACUUCAGCAAUAUAUCCCUGGGAAUUUCAGAUGCUAGUAUUGCAUCACACCCUUCGCAUGUUAAGACUCCAAACGACUUCAGUGUGGUGUCACCUGAAAGCAGUGGCAAUUUUCAUAAAGGUCAAUCUGAUGAAAGCAUGCAUGAACUGGAACUGGAGCGUUUAGUGAGGCUCAAUUCACUUUCUUGGGAGUCUCAAUGCAGCUUGGUUGGAAAUAUCAGAAACAUGUUGAAACAAAACGGUGAAGCUAGUAAUUGGAUGUCAUCGGAGAAUUUUAUCCAAAAACUUUUUAGAUUCUUGAAAGAUGCACAAAAAUUUCAUGAUCAGGAUGCUCAAUUAUUAGGAUGUCAGUCAUUAUUAGCAGUUCUAGAAGAAUGCGGCAAUUUGCCAUACUUGAACGAUGAUGCAUUUGUGGUUUUGACCUCAUUGCUUGGUUCGGAGCUUUCUAAAGAAGCUCUUGUUAUAUUCGAAGUAUUGUCCCGCCACCAAAACUGUCACCAUAAAAUUGCGGUGUCUGGUGCACUAACUAUUAUCCUGGAGAUUCUUGAUGCCCACAGUAGAGAAUUGCAGGAACCAGCCAUCAAAAUACUAUGUAACAUGUCAGGAAGUAGCAAGUUUGUUUCCUUGAUUGCACCUUCAGAGUUGGUUCCUAAGUUGGUUCCUUUUCUUGAGGAUACAGCUCUCGCAAGAAAUUGUGUUAUCGUUUUGCAAAAUCUGUGCGUCAAAGAAAAUGCUAGAAUUGCUAUAGCUGAAACUGAUGGAUGCAUUGCAUCAGUUGUGAAACUGCUUGAGCGUGACAGUCGCAAGGACCAAGAGCAUGCGGUGGAUUUUCUUCUCUUUUUAUGCUCUCAACGAGUUCAAUACUGUCAACUGGUAAUGGAUGAAGGUGUCAUCCCUGAACUUGUCUCUGUAUCUGUUAAUGGAAACAACAAAGCAAAGGCAAUGGCUUUGGAGUUGCUGAGACUGCUGUAUGGGGAAUUUAGAGAUAUUGGAGAAUCUCAUGAACCAGAUGUUGACAUUCCUAAACCCUCUACCGUGGACUUCACUCAGCAGAAUCCUUGUUCCAAAGCUACAGGAAUUUUUGGGAAAUUUUUCUCAAAACGCGGUUCAUCAGCUGCUAAAAGGAUAAAAUAGAAGAUGCAACUUAACAGAUUUUCCCUUGCGCUGAUUUGUUGUAGAUAGGGAGAUACAUUUUUACAUGGUAGGAUGAGUAUGGUUUCACAGGUUCGUCUAGUUUUUGUUAGUGAGACGACUUAAAUGGAGCGGCAUAGACGGUAAGGAUUCACAUUGCUCCAGCUGCGUGGGAUAUAAGGUGUAAACAUUGUUGUCGUAUCUACUAGUUUUUGUUUGUAUUAGUUGAUUCAACAUUUCACAGGACAUAUUCAGGUGUACAGUAUUUUGUCUGUACAAAUAGGAUAGCUUUUCAAAGAGAACUCAUUUUUUGAUUAAAGAGUGAGUUGUUAGGAAAGAAGAUGAAUGAAUAGCUGACGCCUAAUAUAUAUAUAUAUAUAUAUAUAUUUUGAUUUCA